UUGAAAAUCAAGUAGUUGUGGCUUGGUAUUCGAUAAUCCAUUUUUGAGGAGAAACUACGGCCUCAACAAAUCCGGCUCCUUGUCUGCACAAAUUUUUCAACUUCUCAAAAUCCAUUUCAGUGCCUAUGUUUUUCUUUGCAAAGAACAGGACCCUAUGUAUGUAAAUAUAUUAAUGGUCGGCAAUUUAGCGACGUUAAUGUGGGACUACUUACUGAGGUCAGAAGAUGGUUACAAAUUUGUAUGAGGAACUUGUUAGAACUUGGGAUUAGGAACUCACACCUCAAUAAUACCGUUCUUGUGUAAGCUCAUUAGAUUCUGAGCUAUGAAUUCGCUUUUGGUUACUACCACAACUGAAAAACAGGUUGAUGCCGCAAUUGUCUGGGAUCCUUUAGGAGGAAACCCAGUCGCUAGUUUAUCUGGUGAUAUGGCUUUGAAAUCGUCUAUCACCGGGUACUUCGGAGGUGUAGCUUGUGCAGCUGCCAGGAAACCUAUUAUACAGACUUGGAAUUUUAAUAGUGCUACCUCAGCGCACAAAAAUAUUUUGACGAAAGGAUUAGUUAAUGCUUUUGUUUUCACCCCCGAUGGAAAUUAUAUUAUCGUUGCAUUUGAUCGGGAAAUUUAUGUAUACCAGACUGUGAGUGGAUGCCUUAUGGGUGUUUUAGAAGGAUCCCAUUCUGCAAGAAUAUGUGAAAUGAAACUAUCCAAAUGGAAUUCAAACGGGCCAGCGUUUCUUGUUUCCGCUGAUAUAUCUGGGUUUCUAGCUUGUUGGUCCUUGGGGAGUCUUAUCAACGGACUAAACAUGAUGAGUACACAGAGUGUUAUUGAAGUUGAGUCUCACUCAAAUGCCAAUCUAUCAAGUGCCAAACAUCUUCCGCUCUGGUAUGUUAUUCAAGCAAGUACUAGUCAUCCUAUAUGUGCAGUUAUGGAUGAUAUAGUUGUCGUGGGUGGAUCACAAGGUCUUAAGAUAUAUGCUUUGUAUGAUGGUUGUAUUCUUGGAUCAUUACUCACAAACGUUUCUGGUGGGCUGUUAAGCCUUUGUCCUUCACCUGACAACAAUGGAAAUCUGUUUUGUGGUGGGAAUGAUGGUUUACUAUACACUGCUUAUAUACAAUCUCAAAGGGGUUGUUAUUCUGCAGAUAAGGAAAUACAUCGUUGUUUCUCUGACUCCAGUUUUUCAGCUUCACAAAAAGCAAUAAUUAUGAUGGCGAUGGAUCCGAAUUGUGAAAUGUUAGUGGUAGGUGCGCGCUUUGGGCUAAUUGAAAUACUAAGACCUGACUCGUUACUCACUUGCAUACAGCGGUUCUCAGUGUUCAAUCCGUCUAUAACCAACGAUUCAACAAAUACUUGUUUGACAGGUUUAUGUUUAAUACCUCGCCCUGAUUGGUUAUCUAAUACAGUUGGAAUAGAAUCAGUUGAUGCUAAAACUUCAUCCAAUUCCGAUCUUUAUACAGAUCAAAAUGGAGGUUUGAACUCUUCUAAUCCUCGGACAUGUUUUAUUGAACCAUUCAAAUCCCACUUUGGUUGGAGGCUUGAUGAUACAGUGUGUGUCCGCAUAUCUGAAUUAGCAGAGAGGUCGAAUUUUUCAUCAGAAGAAGCAAGCAUCUUUAUGGAUGAUUUUUACCCUGUUUCAGGUAUUAGCCAAAUAAAACUUGACAGCUUGGGAAGUGAAGAGCAUAAAGUUUUAAGACAAGAAAUUGAUCGCGUUACUGCAUCCAAUCGCGAGCUACUUCGAAGACUUGUCAAUUUUGAAUUGAGAUCGUCAGUGUGAUUUUUUAUGAAAUGUACAAAAUACACUUUUCCAUGAAAGAAGCGUAGCCCUUAGUUGUGAUAUUUUCAUUCUUGUUUCUUGUCGUCAUUACUUGACUUAGUGCACAUACUUGGUAUCUUCAGUAUCAAUGAUUUGUUUGAAUCUAGAUGUAUGCUACGAUAAAUAGAUUGCGUUAAAACACAGUCUAGGUCUUAACCCUGUACUUUAUGAACCAUCAGAGAUCAAUGACAGGCAUAAAAAGUGGGAAAAUCACUUCUUUAACUUCAAAUAGUCUAUUUUCUUUCGAAUUGAUUCUGUCCAUCGGAUCUUUAUACUGUAACACCGGUUUAAACUUGCCCCAUAAAUUUUAUUAUAGCAACUUCC